GCACAUUGACGUUCAGAGAGCGCUCGGGUGCGGUCAAAACAAAUGCGCUUCAAUGCGCGGUGACAAGCGGGAAAAACAACAGCGCAGGCAAGCAAUGAUAACACCGAUCCUUCGAUAAUAGACUGGUUUUGUGUAGGUAAACUAGCGUUUAGAUUAUAAUAUACAUACACCGAAGAUAGUUUGUUAAGAGCCGUGUUCGUGGAUAUUGUUAGCAGCGAGGUUACGAUAGCAAAAUGUUGAACGCCCUUGGAGUGAUUGUGUCCGGCAGACUGGUUCAAACAGAUUUCCAGCAGAUAAGUGAAUCCCACUUCCUAGUUACCAUCCCGGAUGCGGACAAUGUGAACCAUGUGGUCGUGUUCCUGACCGGUACCACUCCGUUCCCGGAAGGUAUGGCCGGUGGAGUUUAUUUUAGCUGGCCCGAUCCGAAUGCACCACCGAACUGGCAGCUGCUCGGGUACAUUUCCAACACGAAACCGUCGGCUAUCUUUAAAAUAUCGCAGCUGAAGAAGCUGGAUGAAAUAUCCACCCAAACGACGAUGAUGAACAACGUGUUCGGCAGCAAUCUACCCAUCUCACAUACCGCCCAGAUCGGUGUGUCUAUCGAGCCGGAAAGCUCGCUCAUACAGCAAACACCAUCGACGACCACGUCCAGCACGUACUACCAGUUCGGGCAGAAGAUACUGGAGAACUUUUUCAACUUUGUCAGCAGCUUCUCGGUGACGCAAAGCCAAAUGACACCGGCACCGAACGAAACGUUCGUCCCGCUGUCGACGAUACAAACGUGGUACACCAACUUCGAGCGUAGGUUACAGCAGAAUCCGAACUUUUGGAAAAAUUAAAAUUCGAUUCAUUGUUGGUGCAGCGGACACCGGAAGUGAGAGAGGGAUUAGGCGCGAAACGAUUAAUAUGGCCUUACCGGAGGGACAAGUUCGAUCUAGAAGAGAUUGUCGGCUUCGCUUCUCGCGCUCUCAUCGAGUCAUUUUGGAAAGUUUUUUUUUCUUCAUCGAACUGGUUUUAAUAAGCUUAUAAUUUUAAGAGGCGCCAUUUGUUUGUAAACGGGCAGAUUUGUAAUGCAAUCAGUAAAUGCUAAGCCAGAAUUGUGUAUUUA